AUGGCAUCACCCAUGAGGUCCUUGCUCACCAACCAUGCCAAAUACUACGAGUCUUUCCACUGCUUCCUGGCAAAUUCGACGGAGCAUCAGUGCAUGGAGGAGUUCAUGGAGAGGCAGCUGCCAGCCAUAAUUGACAGUAUUGGAAAUGGGAAAUCUACAAUCAACAUUCUAAGUGUUGGUAGUGGAGCAGGUGAGAUGGACCUGCUGAUCCUUUCAAAAGUACAAGCCACAUAUCCAGGGGUCACCAUCAACAACGAUGUGGUAGAGCCAAGUGCUCAUCAGAUCUUGAAGUACAAAGAGCGUGUGGCUGAGACAUCAAACCUCAAGAAUAUAAAGUUUACCUGGCAUGAGGAGACAGCUUAUGAAUAUGAAAGUCGAAUGAAUGCAGAAAAGAAGUCUAAAAAAUGGGCCUUCAUUCACACAAUCCAGAUGCUGUAUUACGUGAAAGAUAUCCCAGCAACUAUCCGCUAUCUCCACAGCCUCUUGGAAGCAGGGGGGAAGCUCCUCAUCAUCGUGCUGUCAGGAACUAGUAGCUGGGAAGUGCUGUGGAAGAAAUACGCCUCUUCCGUCCCUUUACAGAAUUUCUCCACUUUUAUUACCUCUGCUGACAUCACAAGGAUACUGGAUUCAGCUGGGCUGAAGUACCAGCUCCAUGAGCUCCAAUCCUACAUGGACAUAACGAGCUGCUUUGUCAAAGGGAACAAGGAAGGGGAGUUGUUGCUGGAUUUCCUGACACAGACUUAUGACUUUUGUAACACUGCUCCUCCUGAACUAAAGCGUCAGUUCAUUGAAGAGUUAAGAAAGCCUGAGUGCAGUGAAAUAAGAGAUGGGAAGGUGCUUUUUAAUAACAACUUGAGUGCAAUAGUGGUUGAGUCGUGA